GCAAGUGCAUGUGCUUGUGUGUGUGUGUGUGUGUGUGUGUGUCUACAUAUGAUCCUAUGGUACAACCAUGGCAAGAGCAGCACUGACUAAACUUUUUCUCCUCGUGAUUCUUGCCUUCAUCAUCUGCCUUCCAGAAUUUUUCACAUUAUACAGAGUAAAAAAAGUGAGUUUCUUCUGCCGUCCCUACCGACCCUGCGAGCGAGUACAUCAGGUGAAGAAGGGGGAAAACGUGAGGGCUGGAAAUGCUGAAGCUAAGAGAGCCCAUGUGUGUGACCCAUCUCAGACUCCAGAUCAGGAAAAGUGGGAGCGGGCCUGCACACAAGAAGAUGAAAGCAAUACAACAGAUUCAGCUUCAGACUUCAGGGGCGACAGAGAUGAUCCAAAAUUGAGGUGGUUUGUGUGCGAAACAGACAUGGAAAUGGCAGAAUUACACAGAAAUAUCUCAACUUCAGCUCAUGAGCUACAUCUGGAGGUGUCGGCUGAGCUCCAGCUGCCAAAUGCGGAGACCCUGAAUCUCACCUUGUACGGCCGCAGCAAUUACAGUUCUUUACACCUCUACCCACCUGAGGAGAAGGAGGAAGAGGAGAAGGAAGAAGAUGUGGGCAAUCAUGAAGGACAGGGGAAGGCAUUCUACUGCUGCCUCCCUCUCGUGCCCACCUCCAAAUCGGCCAAUCAAAGCCGCUGUCUCCUUUGGUUCGCCAAUCAAACGCUUUGGAAUUCAACGGCAAAGGAAAAGCUGCCAUGGAAACGGACACAGAAAGAUGAGUGGCAGUGUGUGCUCAGAGUGGUCUGGCUGGCUCUGCUGUGCUUGGUGUUGCUGAGCAUAGUUACGAGUGUGAUCGGACAGAUCUACAGGGGAAAGCGCACGCGCAGGAACACCAAGGUGCACCCAGUUGGCUACAGCUUCACUGCUCAGCAGUUAAAUGAGGGUGACAAACAACGAGAAGUCAGCACUCCUGAAGCAGGGACAAACCUCCAUGCAUAUGGGUUUCAUUCCUGGCCAGGACUCUCUCCGAUUAAAGAAGUCGAGAGUGAAAAUGACACAGACAUGCUGAUGGAUGGAAAUGUCGACCACUGCUAUACUGCUAAUCUGCAUCAUCGCAGCCAUCCCUCCGUCAGCUCCAUCAAAGAAUAGCAGGCUUGGUGCCAGAAGAGCAGCCAGAGGAAGCUGGAGGAAAAUGGCUGCUUCACUUACCAGCCAGAUUUAUGGUGAAAUAAAGAUAU